CUCCUCCUCUUCAAUUCUCCCGGUGGCUCGGCUCGGCUCGCUGGCUUCGGAGAAACCCCUACUCCAGUAGCCCACCCAGCGUCUAAGGGGGUCGCCUUGGGCUGAAAGCGCACCCCAGGGAAGGGAGAGGUCCAGGCAGCUGGGCCGCCGCGGGCACCUAGCCGCUCCCGGGUGAGCCCCGACCGCAGCCGUCGCCGCCUCGGGCAGACUUUGCGCUCCUGCUUUGCGCCCGGGGCGCCGAAGCCGGGCCGGCAAUGCCCGCGGCGUGAAAGCGCCCGCGGCGGGCGCCGACCUCUGCCCUUGUCUCCCCCUUCUUCCCCCCAGCCCCGUGCCCUUGUGACCCUAGCUUUGGCGCCGCAGCCAAGGCGCCCCGCGAUGUAGCUGCCCCCGAGCCUCGGCGGGAGGCAUCCUGGCCCGCGGGCGCCCAGGGCCCGGAGCCCGGCCUGGAGGCACAGCCGAGCUCGGGCGGGGCCGGGGCCGCGGUGGCGAUGCACCGGGCCCGUUAGCGCCGGGAGCGCCAGGCAGCUGAGGCGGGGGGCAAUCCCUCCCGCGGAGGAGCCGCGCCCCCGGCCCCGCCGGUCCCGCCGCGAUGCUGUUCCACAGUCUGUCGGGCCCCGAGGUGCACGGGGUCAUCGACGAGAUGGACCGCAGGGCCAAGAGCGAGGCACCCGCCAUCAGCUCCGCCAUCGACCGCGGCGACACGGAGACGACCAUGCCGUCCAUCAGCAGUGACCGCGCUGCGCUGUGCGCCGGCUGCGGGGGCAAGAUCUCGGACCGCUACUACCUGCUGGCGGUGGACAAGCAGUGGCACAUGCGCUGCCUCAAGUGCUGUGAGUGCAAGCUCAACCUGGAGUCGGAGCUCACCUGUUUCAGCAAAGAUGGAAGUAUCUACUGCAAGGAAGACUACUACAGUCCCUCCCUCGAUGGUCCCUACAGGAGGUUCUCUGUGCAGCGCUGCGCCCGCUGCCACCUGGGCAUCUCGGCCUCGGAAAUGGUGAUGCGGGCUCGGGACUUAGUUUAUCACCUCAACUGCUUCACGUGCACCACGUGUAACAAGAUGCUGACCACCGGUGACCACUUCGGCAUGAAGGACAGCCUGGUCUACUGCCGCUUGCACUUCGAGGCGCUGCUGCAGGGCGAGUACCCCGCGCACUUCAACCACGCCGAUGUGGCGGCUGCAGCAGCGGCAGCCGCCGCAGCCAAGAGCGCGGGGCUGGGCGCAGCCGGGGCCAACCCGCUGGGUCUCCCCUACUACAAUGGCGUGGGCACGGUGCAGAAGGGGCGGCCGAGGAAGCGCAAGAGCCCGGGCCCAGGGGCGGAUCUGGCGGCCUACAACGCUGCGUUGAGCUGCAACGAGAACGACGCGGAGCACCUGGACCGCGACCAGCCGUACCCUAGCAGCCAGAAGACGAAGCGCAUGCGCACCUCCUUCAAGCACCACCAGCUUCGGACCAUGAAGUCUUACUUUGCCAUUAACCACAACCCCGACGCCAAGGACUUGAAGCAGCUCGCGCAAAAGACGGGCCUCACCAAGCGGGUCCUCCAGGUCGGGGGAACUUUUCUUGGCAUCCCUUUUGCUCCUCAGCCCUGGGCGAUUUUGGACUGAGGAUCCUCGACUGCCGCCUUUUCUCUGUUGAGAACGUUGAGGCCCAGAUGAUUUCCACUUGCCCCAAGUCACACUUUUGCUAGGAAGUAGCCCAGCUGGAUCCAAAUCCAGUCCCAUCUGAUCAAUGGGCAUUGUUCUUUCUCCUCUAAGCCAACCCAGCAGUGACUGCCUCUGAGUGUGAGUAUCAUUUAGGGCCUGUAUGUUGUUGGGGGUGGGAGCGGUCAUACCUGUAAGGCAUACCAGACCACUUUCUCCCUCCCCCAAGCCCCCAAGCCUCCUGCUGAAUUGCCUAACAGCACAGCUGCUCUCAUGAUUACAUAGUAGUUUGCAAAGCAUUAUCUUUCUAGCCACUCAUCUACCUUACCUUAAUAUUUCCCUGCCCAUUUUAUAGAUGAAAAGCUUAAGACCUAGUGAGGUGAAGUUGAUUUGCUUGAGGUUACAGGAGCCAGGCAUUGGAUGGGUGGGGCUGUCUCCCAGGCGGCCUGACUGCCGAUGGGCCAGCUGGAGGAGAAGGACUGGGAGCAGAUUUGGGUGAGGCAGCUGGUGGCGUGGAUUUGGAAAGGAACUGCUUGGUUCAAAUCCUUUCUGACUUACCAGCAGUGUGAUCGGGGCGCUUUAACUUUUCCUCUCUGGCUCCAAUUCCUUAUCUAUGAAAUGGAGAUAAUAAUAGUUUGUACCUUGAGGAUUCCUGGGGAUUGAGACAAUGAAUGGGAAGGCUCCAGCGUGGUACCAAGUAAGUGCUGGUGAAAUGGUUCCUCAUCGCUUGGGUGCCCCCUGCAGGUUGUGGUCCAUCUCAACCCUUCAGAAAGUAAAUGGCGGAAGCAGGUUGAAGGUGCUUCCCAGGGUAGAUGAUGUAGGGGUGUGUGUGUGUGUGUGUGUGUGUGUGUGUGUGUGUGUGUAGGGGGUUCCAAGUUAUUACUGAAUGUGUUAUGCAGAGGUAUCACCUACUUGCUAGUCCUGAAAUACAGUCUCUCUGCAGGAAUUUGGAGUCAGCUGAUGUGAGGUCCAGACUCAGCUCUCCCACUUACCCUCUGAGUGAUCCUGAGCAAGUGACCUCACCUCUCUAAGCCUCGGUGGUGAUGGAGGUGAUAACAAUACUUCACUAGGUGGUUGCAAGGAGUAAAUGAGAUAAAGUGUAAUUUAUAAAGUAUAUACGAGGGGCUCAAUGUACGUCAA